AAGACAACAAGCCAAGUUCAAAGCAUUAAUUUCAUUCCUAUAAAGUGUUCAAGGCUUACCAUUGUUGUACUCAAAAAGCAACAAAGCAAGUAGGCGAAAACUGAACUAGUUCAAUCUAAUUACAAAAAGAAGUUCGCGGCUAGUGACUUUAAUUCGAUAUAAAGCAAGAAAGCGAAAUGUUUCCCAAUUCUGGAUCAUCUGGCUGGACACCAAGAAACGGCAGUAGGCCCAUGCAGGGAAGAAAUCAAGCCUUUGCCACGUCUGGGAAUUUUAUUCGUACCAGUUACCCUCGAUCCUAUCGAGCAAGUGUUUAUCCCUCUUCUUCCAGAACUUUAAUUUCUGUCGAGACGAAUGCUGUGAGGAGGACGCCAGUGACACCGAAUCAAGUGGUUCCUUAUGUCGACACGCCAGACACCACUUUAAAACGGAGCAUUGAGUCAGAUGACGUUGUUGUUAUCCCCGAAGAAUCUAUCUCGCCACAACUUCCAAAUGAUACUGGCUUAAAACCUCGAGUCAGCCUGCAACCAAAUUGCACUGUGGAAAUACGUAAAAUCCCUCGUGAAUUCAAUUCCAUCGCGGUUUUGAAUAGCCAUUUUUCAAAAUACGGGAAGAUUGUGAACAUUCAGAUUGCUUAUGAAGCAGAUCCAGAAGCCGCAACCGUCACAUACUCUAAUCCGGCGCAAGCCAAUGAAGCCUAUCGGAAUACUGAAGCGUUUUUAAGACAUCGUACUUGGUUCAAACCGGAGACCCCAGUAAAUUCAACGGUUUCAACCUAUAAAAAUUCAAUGGUUUCAACCUAUAAAGCACCUGCCGCAGUCAGUUCUUUUAAGCGGAAGAGGUACUUUACCAUGGCACCGAAGACGAACACAAGGUUGAAAUUUUGUCGGAAGGAUCAGGAACAAAUUGAGGAUCUACAGAAGCGGAAGCACGCUCUACUUGAAGGGUAUUUGAAGCAGCUAAAAGCGGUGCAGGAUAUUAUGGCGAAGUCCAAUCCGUCAGAUCCUUCUUAUCAAGAAAAAGUCAACAUCGUAAAGAGACUGGAGUCAUGCAUUGAAACAACUCGCGAGGAAAUUGCACUUGAUGAGGUUCAAAAGGCGACUGAAAUGCAAUUUCAGCUGCCAGUUAAGGCGCCUGAAGAAACCCGAGAACUAUCAAGUUCGUCUUCAGAGGGAGUUGCUACUGAUAUCGUCGACCGUCCAUCAUCCAGGUCCGAAGGCGCACCUGCAGAUGACGAGCAAACAACGAUAUUAGUUUCUGGAUUCGACAGAGAGGAUAGUGGUUCCUUAUUAAAACACUUCCAAUUUUAUGGCAAAAUUAUGAAGCACGACAUGGAUUCAUACCGCUUUCAACUGAAACUGACGUAUGCAACUCCGCAUAGCGCAAAAAAGGCUUUAGAAUGGGGGCAGCAUUAUAAGGAGAAGAAACUAGAGAUUAACUGGGCUACAACCGGCGGCUCUACUAACAUCUCUUUACAAAUCCAGAGUCAUUUGGCCAAGGUCCAUGACCUGUUCGAUAUAAAGCAAGAAAGCGAAAUGUUUCCCAAUUCUGGAUCAUCUGGCUGGACACCAAGAAACGGCAGUAGACCCAUGCAGGGAAGAAAUCAAGCCUUUGCCACGUCUGGGAAUUUUAUUCGUACCAGUUACCCUCGAUCCUAUCGAGCAAGUGUUUAUCCCUCUUCUUCCAGAACUUUAAUUUCUGUCGAGACGAAUGCUGUGAGGAGGACGCCAGUGACACUGAAUCAAGUGGUUCCUUAUGUCGACACGCCAGACACCACUUUAAAACGGAGCAUUGAGUCAAAUGACGUUGUUGUUAUCCCCGAAGAAUCUAUCUCGCCAAAACUUCCAAAUGAUACCGGAUUGAAACCUCGAGUCAGCCUGCAACCAAAUUGCACUGUGGAAAUACGUAAAAUCCCUCGUGAAUUCAAUUCCAUCGCGGUUUUGAAUAGCCAUUUUUCAAAAUACGGGAAGAUUGUGAACAUUCAGAUUGCUUAUGAGGCAGAUCCAGAAGCCGCAACCGUCACAUACUCUAAUCCAGCACAAGCCAGUGAAGCCUAUCGAAGUACUGAAGCGUUUCUAAGACAUCGUACUUGGUUCAAACAGGAAUCCCCAGUCAAUUCUUUUAAGCGGAAGAGGUACUUUACCAUACCACCUAACACGAACACAAGGUUGAAAUUUUGUCGGAAGGAUCAGGAAAAGAGAGAGAAUCUACAGAAGCGAAAACACACUCUACUUGAAAGGUAUUUGAAGCAGCUAAAAACGGUGCAAGAUAUUCUGGCGAAGUCCAAUCCGUCAGAUUCUUCUUAUCAAGAAAAAGUCAACAUCGUAAAAAAACUGGAGUCAUGUGUUGAAAGAACGCGCGAGGAAAUUGCGCUUGGUGAGAUUCAAAAGGCGACUGAAAUGCAAUUUCAGCUACCGGUUAAGGUGCCUGAAGAAACGCCGAAGCUAUCAAGUUCGUCUUCGGAGGGAGGUGCAACUGAUAUCGUCGACCGUCCAUCAUCUAGGUCCGAAGGCGCACCUGCAGAUAAUGAGCCAACAACGAUAUUAGUUUCUGGAUUCGACAAAGAGGAUAGUGGUUCCUUAUUAAAACACUUCCAAUUUUAUGGCAAAAUUAUGAAGCACGACAUGGAUUCAUACCGCUUUCAACUGAAACUCACGUAUGCAACUCCGCAUAGCGCAAAAAAGGCUUUACAAUGGGGGCAGCAUUUUAAGGAGAAGAAAUUAGAGAUUAACUGGGCCAAAACAGAUGCAGAGUAUGCUGACUUGGAUUGUUACGAUGAUGACAUUCUUGACUAUGAAGAAGAUGACGAUUAAUCGCGGAUCGAAACUGUUAACAAACGAUACAUUCAUACACUAUUCAAUAAAAAAUCAAUUUUCAAA